UAAAUUAUUUUAUACUAAACCUCAUGAAAAGACCUAAUUCAGACCAUUUUUUUAAAUUCAUAAAUGUUGAUAAGCUCAUAAGGGCUGGCAUCUAGAAAACUUGAAAUAGAGGAUUAUUCUAUGUCAUUUAUCCAAACUAUAUUUUUCAGAUACAUCCUACACUUGGGUACACAUUACCGAUAUUUUAACAUCUGGCCACAAUCACCCAUAAUGUUAACUCUAAAUUUUGAUGAUAAAUAGCAUAAAAGUAUUUAAAUUAUCAAACAAAAAGAUUAAUACCAAGAAUUCGAUCUUUGAAUAAAAUUUACCCUAGCUAACAAUGAACUUUCAUAUCUGUUCAGGGGGAAACGAAAUUGGAAUGUAGCAAUUCUCCUGUGUGCUGCUUCGGGAAUCCAAUCAUGGGUUAACUUAGCCUUCUAGCCUUGAGACUGAGUAUGCAAAUUUCAAAGUCACGCCUCCUCUGACUGGACUUCCGUUUCCUUUCAGUUCUAUUACUCAGUCCAAAGCCUACGAGACUUAUUUUCAACUCUCUCUUGAUUAAUUGCUAAUUUUUCAAGGUUAAUGCUGGAUUUACUUGGUUUCCACUGUGGAUUUCUUGCUGGAUUGGAGGUAAGGCGGCAGAUUUCUGCCAGCCGAUUCCUCCCUCGCUAUUUCCCUUGAAGGGAUAUCGGAUUGCUACAGCUGGAGUGGGGCGUUCUCCGCCUGCCCUCCCUUAACUUCAGCGCGCAAGGAAGCUGAGUCUCCCAGCGCUGCCCUCCACGCCGGAUAGCACCCGCCUGCGAGCGCGGUCAGAUCCGAGCCUGUGGCUUGUCGGAGCGGGUCUUCCCCUCCUCCCCGCCUCCCUCCUUUGUGCCCUCGCUGGAGCGGCUGCCGGAGGAUUACAUGGAUCGGCUGUUUGGGAAUUUCCCCUGCGGUUUCUUUGAAUUUCGCGCCUUUGAUGCCGGUUGCCUUAUUUGGAAGCGUUUUUCACGCAUGCGCAGUAAUGCCUGGGAUGAGAAGGCAGAAUUUCUCCGCGCGCUUGAGUUUGCGCACUGCUUUCCGCCCCUCCCUUUUCCCUCACUCGAGUUUGCUGACUCAGGAAGGAGGUCGCUUCUCUUGGUCUCUGCUUCCACGUGGCGUUCUUGGCGAGUGCUUUCAAUUGCAUUCCUUUGUUUCGCUGAUUGAGCUCUUUCAGAUUCAUAUCAUGGCUGAUCAAUCGGUAGUGCAAGGUACUGUCGGGCCAGUUUCUGAGCCCCGCUCCCUUGGCGAGGGGGGGGGCCAGCCCUGGGCCUAGUAGGGCCGCGACCAGGGCCUCUACUAGCAGGCCUCGAGCCUCAUCUACUGUUCGGGAUAAGUCGCACAAGCGCAAAGACAAAGCCAAGGUUCCCCCAAGGCAUCUGGGGCUCCCAUUUGUUCCCCUCCGGUUCUGGUUCAGCAACCUGUGUCUCCGGUGAGGGUCGUUGAGCAGGGUUGGUCCCCUGAUAUUCAGCUUCCCCAGGGCCCUAUUCCUGAGGUAGGGGUUUUCGGGCCUCGAUCCCCCCCAAUUAUUUCGGAGGCUUGUGGGGCUUCUCUUCGUUCACCUCCACGCGCUGGGCCUUCUGCCACGUUCACCCCCACAGCUGCAGGCCUCAGGCCUCUGGAGGGCCAGGAUUUGGGCCUUCCUGCUGAUUUUUACAGCAUGAUCUCAGAGGCUAUUUCCAGAGGGGUGGGUGCGGAAUUAGCGCGUAGAUCCCAGGUCUCCAGGCCUACUCUGGCCUACUCAGGCCUGGCUCCCCAAGCAGUACAAGGGGAUUCUUCCAUUCUGCAAACUGAUCCUCCUUCCCCUUUACACUCUGUGUUUAGCGCACAAUCUCCCUUAGUGGAGGAAGGUGAAAUCCAGGAUAGGGAACUCUCUGGUGACGAGGGCUUUCCUGUGGACCAGCCUCCGGCCCCUGGGCUCUUCAGGCACACUCUUUUCAAAUCCCUGCUGUACAAGGCCAAGACUACCGCCCACAUGGGGGAGGCAAUUUCUGCAGAAAGUGCUGCUGUGGGCCUGGAUGCCACCGAGCGGCUCUUUGCUGAGCAGGUGGCUCUGCAAGAUUUUAUUCCAUCCCCUAAGCUUUUUCUUGAUUUAAUCCAAAAGCAGUGGGAUGAGCCGACCGCAGUUAAGCCCCCUGGGUCUGGUGAUAGGAAGCUUUUCACAUCUUCUCCAGAGUUGGAGACUCUCCUCCAGUUUCCCACAGUGGAUGCUCCCAUCGCUGCUCUUGCUUCACCGGCGUUAAUUCCUUCUGAAAUUUCGGAAGGAUUGAAGGCCGAGGACCGCAAGGCCGAAUCGGUCAUUCGCAAAACUCAUCAGGCAGCAGCGUGGGCCUUGCGCUCAGCUACUGCAGCUUCUUUCUUUAAUAGGACUUCCUUAGUUUGGCUGAGACAACUACAGGAAAGGCUGGACCCGGAGGAACUGCGCCUCCAUCAGGAUGUCACCAAGCUGAUAGCGGCCCUAGAGUUUUCUGCUGAUGCCACCCUUAGCGCGGCAAAAUUUGCAUCCCGAGCUGUGGUUUCCAAUGUGGCUUCUCGCCGUUUGCUCUGGCUCCGCCACUGGCAAGCUGAUAUCAAAUCUAAGUGGCGUCUAGCAUCCACGCCCUUUAAGGGCGGGGCCUUGUUUGGUUCAGUGCUGGAUCCCAUUCUCAUUGAGACUCGGGACAAACGUAAGGUGCUUCCCUCCACAAGUGCCCGUGUGACCAGAAGACCACAGCCUUAUAGUAGACGGCAGCCCUUUCGGUCUGGGGACUCGGGGUUUACUUCCGCCCCCUAUGUCCCCAGCUAUACCAGGGGGUUCUCCCAGGCACAGGAUCGUGGCCAGGACCGAGCUGGGGCCAGAGACAGGGGGCGCCAGCAGAGUCAGGCGCAGAGUAGACGGUCAUUCCGAGGAGCGGGCAACCGAUCCUUUCGCAGAUACCGCUGACUCGCAGGAGGUAGGGCCCAUAGGAGGACGUCUCUUGGCCUUCGCCCACCAAUGGGCGGAGCUCACGUCAGACGCCUGGGCCCUUCAAGUAGUGAGUUUGGGUCUCACGCUAGAAUUUCUAUCCAUCCCCCGAGAAGGUUCAUCAGGUGCCCUGUGCCCAGGUGCCCGUCAAAGCGGCGCCUUAUGGACACCGAGAUAUUUCAUCUUCUCACCAUCAGGGCCAUAGAACAAGUUCCCAAAGGGCAGGGAGGCCUAGGGUUUUAUUCCAUCUUGUUCCU